CAAAUGGAGUCAACUGAUCAAUCUUUCUUGGUGUUGUUUCUGCUAACUACUACAUUAUUUUGCCAAAUGUAGUUAGCUGAAUUAACAUAUUGAAAUCAAACAAAGAAUAAUCAAACCAAAUGGAGUCGGACAAAUUGACCAUUUCCUCUACUUAAAUACAUCCUCUUCAUACACACAUGCUUAUUUCAUUUAUUAAGCAAAGUAAACAUAUUAACAAAUUUAAGAUAUGGAGAGUUUCCUCAUCUUACGUUGCUUCUUCUUAUUCUUCUUCUUUGCCUUCUUCAACGGAGAAUUCGUAGCUGCAGAAAAGUUUUGGAGCAGAAUAGAGAUGGCUGAGAUGAAUGGCUACGGGGAACACAAACUCUCCUCUGUGGUUAUCACCGGUUCUCUUCUUUGCAACUCCCCUGUUUCAGGUGCCACUGUGGCCAUCAAGUGCCACACUGGUUUCAAAAGGAGAUCAAAUUGGAUAAAAGCUGUUACUGAUGAAUUUGGUGAAUUUGUUAUCCAUCUUCCUUCUCAUCUUCACGCAAUUCCGCACCUCGAAAAGGCAUGUUUCGUCAAACCAGUACAUGUUCCUAAGCACUAUCGAAGAUGCUACAAGACCUUUUCCAAGUCGAAUAUACACAAAGGCAUCAAACUUGUCUCGUCCAGUAACGGCUUCCGCGUCUACACCUCAGGAACGAUCAGGUUGCAUGGACACAGUUCAAGAUUAUCCCAAGUUCGUAAAGCCGACAUGUGAACACACAAGAUAUAAUGAGAAAAAGCAUAUAACUUGUGAAAAAGCAUGUGUUCUCACUUGGUUAGCUGGCGCUUAAGUCACAUAACUAAGUUUGAGUCUCUCUUUACAUUGUUCAUCAUAUUCACAGUGUACAAACGUAAACCUACCUUUCAAUACCCUUUUUUUUUGUUUCAACUUAUUUUCCAUACUUCUGGUACAACAUCAUACAUCAAUAUGGUCACAUACA